AUGUCUUCCUCCGACGACUCGGGUUCCGGAGGCAUCAAUAACUACAUCUGGCUUAUCAUUUCCUCCGCUGUCCUGGUUUGCUUCGUAAUUGCCGCCUGUUACGCGAGAUACCGCCGCUGGCGCCUCAACAAACGCCGGGCCGUCCAACGACGACGCGAGCAAGCCAUUCUCGACGCCGAACUCCAGGCCGAGAGGGAGCGGCUGGCCCAGCACCCGCCAACCGACCCCCCUACAUACAGUGGUCUGUUGCCUCCUCCUCGUUCUUUUCAACGACGGCACCAUCAACGCCGGGCUCGGGCUCUUCAGCGGACUAUCUACCGGACGACCAUCGAGACGGAAACCGAAACCGAAACCGAAACCAUCGGGCAAGGGUUUCCCCACAUCCAGCGCCCGGCACCGACACACCUCCCGCCUUACUCGGAGCUGGAUCCCCAGGGACAACCGCCGGCAUACGAGAACGUGAAUGCGGCGGGCGGCGAGCGCGAGCAACUCUUCGGCUCGCGGCUACAAGACAAUAUUGAUAUCGAUGCGCGCCAGGCUCUCAGAGUGGGCGCCGUCAGUCGCUUGGCCAGGGUGUACGACCGGAAUUCACGGAGCAAAGGCUCCUUUGUGACUGGUAGAUGGCACCGGUGGAGGGGUAGCGAUAGCCCGAGGUCGAGCGUCGAGGACAUCGAGCUUGGGCAGCUGAGGCCGCAUCGUGAUCGUGAUGUGGACGUGGAGGGCGACACUCGGCCAAGUUCCACGAGCUCGGAAUAA